AUGAAUUUACCUAGAAGAGUACUAUCUCAGCGAGAAUGGAACUAUGGUCGCCGAUUGUUUCUGACUGCUGUGCGUGGUAAUUCAACAAAGGCAACGAUGGCCACUACCAUAACUACUGGAAUUGAUAUUGUUACGUGGUUGAAAACUUUACCUAGGGAAUCCCUAUUGAAACAAAAGUCAUUAGAUUUGGCUAGGUUGGGUAGAUGGUUUGUAACCGCUCAAGAUGUGAAAGGAACAAAGAUGGUGAAAGAUUUAUUGAUGACCCAAUUCCCUGAAGAAUAUAAUAAAAUUGAGAACAAUUUGAUAAAUACUUCUGAUAAUCCUUUCUAUCUUAAUAUGAUAUUGCAAUCUCGUGUUUCACGCUAUCAAUACAAGCUAUUUACAGAUUAUUUGCAGUUACUACUAGAUCGUUCGGAUCAGUGCACUAUUGAGAAAACAGCGAAAUCAUUAUAUGAAGCUAUAUAUGCUCAAAAUACACUAUUUUCAUCUACAAAACCUGGUGCCUCUUUAGUAGUCCCAGAUGUAGUUCAUAAGUGGUUCUAUAUGAAUCUUCCAAAGACGAGUAGCUUCCAACAUUAUAUGUUUCUAAUACAGAACGAUGUGAAUUUAUCUGCGGGAGAAUAUUCAAGACUAUUUACAACCAGGCUAAUCCAAGGUUCUGAAUUAGAGUAUCAGCUAGUUACUUUUGAUUAUUUCCUUUUGCGACCAGAAGAAUUUCCGUCACCAGAUAUAACUAUGGAUAAAUUUGUUAAGUUACAUAAUUUUUAUGAUAUGUAUAAUAUCAUUAAUUUAACUAUUAAAAAGAAUAAAAAAGAUACUCUUUCGCAAUCUAAUUUAUCCUUCUAUUUGCAAGCAUUGGUGAAGAAACUUUCCCACUACAAGUCUGUCACAAGUCAAGGUGGUAAUGAUAAUGGGAAGCAAUUGGCAAUACAAUUUGUAAAAUUUGCUGUUCAGAUGCUCGCAAUCACUGCAAAACUAGAGGAUACAAAACAAUUUACGUCUUUGCUUAAUUCAUUAAUAAUAUUUAUGAAAAAUACUCCAUAUAUUGACGAGGCUAGUUUUGGUAAACUGAUGCAUCGUCCAAUAGUUCAAAUAUUUCGUUUAUUACGUGUUAAAAGAAAUCAGGAUGCUAUUUUCCAAUUGGCAUCGUCACUUGGUGAUUUGACCAAGAUUCCAAAAACAUUCAUGUUCAAAAAUAUGAUCUUAAAUGAAUUGGUACUGUCUUUAAGAUAUUUUAAUGAUCCAAAAUUAAUGUGUCAAUUCCUGGUAUCUGCCAUUAAGAAACCAGAUCCUGGUCAACUUCUUAAUGAUUUGGGACUUUGGGGAACCAUAUUUCACUCUACCAAUGGACGCAAAUUAUCAAUAGAGGUACUUAGAAAAGAUAUUCAAGGAAUGUCAAAUCUAAUACCAAGUUCAUUGUAUGGUGAACUUGAAGAACUGUCUUUACCACUAUCAGAACUUUAUAGCUCUAUUUUUUCUACCAGCUCUCUUACUAUGUCCAAACAGUCAUACCGAGAAUUCUUAAUUCAAUUGUAUAUGAAUUACGUUAUAUUCAUGGAAGCAAACUUUAAGAAACGGUAUUUAUGGAAAAAUGAUUCCCGAAUAAUUAAAUGUUUUAUUUCAAGUGUUUUAUCCCACUUGGCUGAUAAGACACUAGCAUAUGAACUUCUAUUAGAUUUUUAUUCAAAACCAUUUGCAAAAAAGAUUAGAAAUAAGGGGAAGGAUUGUCCUUUUUCAAUUGUCCUUUAUGAUAACUUGGGUUUGACCCCAAUACAGGUGGAAAAGGUUUUAACAUGCAUGGAGCAAAAUAAUAUUCCGCUUACCUUUAAGAUAUGCACUUCUAUGAUAUUAAGAUACCUCAAAUGGGGUGAUAUAGAGACAGCGCAUUCCUGGUAUAAUAAGAUUAUUGAUUGUAAAUUUCCAAUUAUGCAUCGCACUAUUGUUAGUGUCGCGGCACAAUACAAUUGGGUCUUACCAGAGGAAUUAUCUGCAACGGUUUUAGAAAACAAUGAUAUGAAUGCUGGUGUUAAUAAUUUUGAAGACGAAAUCAACUCCCUUAUGUUUGAUGAAGACGAUACCUCUGAUGACAAUGUACAUAAUUUACUUUCACUUGUUAAACAAAUAUAA